UCCUUACUUACUGUAACCACCCUUAAUAGUCGCCAUCUUGCCUCCAUGGGGCACAAAUCUUGUCAUUGUACGGGGAAACCUAAAUGUUGCUGGUCAUGUUUUGUUGAGUGGUUGCAAUUUUUCAUUUAAAAGGAGAAGCGUCAUAUCACACAUCAACACAAGCUGCAGUGAUGGCAGAGACGGAUGUCAGCUACGCCUCAGUUGUCUUUAGGAGUGACAAACAUCCACCAUCCAGAGAAGGCAGACGAAACGCUGUACGACGAGGUUAAAGUUGGAAACGGUCAUCAUGGCAACGGAAAGGGGAAGCAGUCCACCAGCGACCAGGGCGUGGAGGACAGUUUCAAAUCUGCAGACGACUCUGUGGGACUGGUGCCGCAUCUCAAGGCAGCCCGGAGUCAUCAUCACUGUCAGCUGUUGGUUUGUUUUACGAUGCUACUGUGCGUCACGCUGAUGCUAGCCAUCAUGGCCUUCUACUUCUACUUGAGCAACGUCUCAUACAUGCGGGCGGAAAAGCAGAAUUAUACAUCAGAAGUCUACAAUCUGUCGCUUGAAAUCAAGCAGCUCAACAUGAAGGCAGAGCAGCUGGAGACAGAGAAGAACACUUUGAUGCAAGAGUUGAAUAUCAUGAGGGCCGAGUGGGCCAUGUUGAACAUCAGUCGGGCUCAAUGGGCCAUCGACACCUUCUGUCCAAAAGAAAAUGGCGAAAGACUAUGUCGUGCAUGUGAACAUGGUUGGAAACACUUUCAGUCCAGCUGCUAUCUCAUCAACAAUGCGGAAAACGAAAAUCGGAAAACUUGGGAAGGUGCCCGUCAGAGCUGCUAUGAUGCCAGUUCUGACCUGGCUGUCAUAGAAAACCAAGAGCACAUGAAAUUCAUUAGCAAUAAUAGUUGGGAUAGUCAGGGUACUUUGGGCUACUGGGUCGGCCUGAGAGUGGAGGACGAUAAAUGGAAGUGGGCCAACGGCAGUGACGCCACUAUAAGAUGGAAACCAAAGGGUUACGACUCUGGAGAUGCUUGUGCGAUUUCUGUCACGUCUGACAGAUUGAAGGCUGUAGGAUGCUCUACAACACAACGAUGGAUCUGCAAGAAGACAGCCUUAUCCCUUUAGAUGCUGCUGCCACACUUGUAACAUAAAAAUAUAAUAUAAUAUAAAAAUGAAAUACAACAUCAAACUCACCUGUGACCCUAAUGAGGACAAGAAGAGAAAAAACAAUGUCUUCUGAUAUAUGCAGGCUUGUGGACCACAGGGGGCACCGAUUGUUUACCUUUUCAUUCACUAUGCACAAUUAAAGUUCAGCCAAACGUGUUGUCGUUUGUCUUCUUUGUCACUUGUACUGCCUCCAAGAAGUCAGUAACUAUAUUUU